AUGGCUCUGCAUAUCCGUUACCAGCUCCUCAGCAUGAUCCAGCUUGCUGAGCUUGCUCACUCACUGCGAGCACAGAUCAACAACCUCAAGCUCAGUUCGCUCAAUGACACUCACCGGAUCAGCAACACGCUUGCGCGCCUCAACACCCCCAAUGUACUCUUGAUGACCUUGGGCAAGCAUGACAUGCCAUGCGUACAUCAUCUCAUCAGUGCUGCAUGCCGUCAUGGUGACAGUGUGCAUGCAAUCCUCAAGCAUCUUGGCAAGGAUGUCAAGAUGGUCUACAAACCACGCGGGUAUACUCAGGAUGAUCUAGAGAUUGCAGACCUGAUCUACUGCCUUGGCGGCAAGCAGCUCUUGGUUGCGCUUAACUGCCAUCUUGGGCUCCUUUCUUGCUGCUUGCUCAUCUGA